AACCAUGAGUGACUCGUGCAACCUCUCGUACUGCCGGGGGCGAAUCUUGGCGUUGUCAACCUCCACGCGUCUUUCAGUAUUUCAGAAGUAUUGCUGAAGAUAAUUUUGUGUGAAGAAGACUACGUGAAAGCUGUGCGAAAAUGGCAGACGAUUUUGACAAUGUUUUUGAUCCAAGCAUGAAGAAAAAGAAGAAAAAGGUUAAAAAGAUUGUCGAUUUAGAUGGUCCAGAAGAGACGGCGGAGACAGCCAAAAGCGAGGAGCCACAAAUUAAUAGUGAGAACACAAAUAAAGAAAAUGAGGCAGUUGAGGAGUCACAGGAAAAGGAUAUUGAUGAUGACAUGAAUUUUGAUGAUUUCUCAUCUAUGAAAAAAAAGAAAAAGAAGAAGAAGAAGAAGGGAUUUGAGGAUGGACAGGAGGAUAUAGAGGAGAUGGCAAAGGAACCUGUUGAAAAUGGAGAAGAAAAUGGGGUGAGAGAGGAUCAAAUAGAGAAAGAUCAAACAUUUGACUUUACUGGGAAGAAGAAGAAGAAAAAGACUCGAACUGCAAAAGAAAACGAAGUUGUCGAGCAAGUGGAUGAAGAGGAGAAAGAGGGGACUCAGCCAGAUUACGCUGACAGGGAAUACACUUAUGAAGAGUUGUUGACAAGGGUCUUCAAGACCAUGAAAGACAAGAAUCCUGAUGUUGUUGCUGGCGAGAAACGGAAGUUCAUCAUGAGACCACCCCAAGUCUUCAAAAUCGGAACGAAGAAAACAUCUUUCGCAAACUUCGGCGACAUCUGCAAAAUUUUGCACAGACAACCGAAACACUUGCUUGCAUAUUUGCUCGCUGAAUUAGGAACGAGUGGAUCUAUCGACAGUAACAACCAACUCAUCAUCAAAGGACGUUUCCAGCAGAAACAAAUUGAAAGUGUUCUGAGAAGAUACAUCAAGGAAUACGUGACGUGCCAUACGUGCCGAGCUCCUGAAACAAUUCUACAAAAAGAGACGAGGUUAUACUUCUUGCAGUGCGAAACUUGCGGCUCAAGAUGCUCGGUCGCCAGUAUUAAGUCUGGUUACCAGGCUGUGACCGGGCGACGUGCUGCAUUAAAAAGUAAACAGCAGUAAAAUAUCGCGCCGCCGAAUGAAGGACUCGACAUCGUUUUGUUAUAUCUCUCGCAUGAAAAUUUUAUAAUUCACUAUAAAAUCACCGUAAAAGACAACAUAUGUAUAUGCAUAUAUUGUUUACUGCGGAGCAGAAUAUAAGACCAUUUCCAUACUUCUAGAUGCUAGAAUUUCCUCUACAAAGGGCAAUGUUGAUCUAAAUUUAUUAUUCCUAUUAACACAUUUGAACAUACGAAUAACUGGAUGAAACAUAUCUUGUAUAAUGUUUUGUAUGGAUACCACUGACCUGUAUAUUUUAGUAUAUAGUUCAUUAAACUGUAAGUUAAGAUAUAUAGAUCAGUGGGUUACUGUACGCUAAUAAUACAGAUAUUUCAUCCAGUGUUUUUCGGUCCAUAUCCUGCACAUUACAUAAAGCGUUCAAGAGAAUGCUGGAGGAGAAUGAUUUUUGAAAAUUCUCGACCUUUUUACAUUUUUUUGGUAUGAAGGUCUGGGCAGAAAAUUCGAACUUUAUUGUAUCUAUCGUACUCUAUUGUAUACUCUAACAAUGUAGUUCUUAUAAACCUAUUCGGAAAAGAGCAAGUGGUCUGUGGCGAGGUACACGAAAGCGAGUCUAGUCAGAUUUUCAUUUUCGGAAUUUCAAAAUCAUGUUCACUUUCACUUUUUCACUGGACCUGUCAGAAGCUACAAAAUCCAUGUUUCUUUCAAUCAAAAUCCAGAAAUAAAAAAUUAUUUUGGACUUAUUUUGGCAGAAGAAAACCUGACUAGCCUCGUUCUUGUGUAACUCGCUACAGGUCUCUUGCUCUUUUUCGAAUAGGUCUAUUAAUUUACAAGGGGAAAAAAGGGCACAUCCUGAUGUUUUCUUAAAGGCUGUUUUCCACUGUCGCGUUUUUCGUGCGCACAUAAAAGUUUAAAAUGAUUUAAAUGAUACUUAUGAAAU